AUGGCGCUUAAAGUGUGGAUUGUUGAGGUAUUUUCUAUAAAUGAUAACAACCAAACAGCACCAAAAUAUAAUAGAAAGGUUAAACUGAGAGCAGAUUAUGAUCCGCAAGGUAUUAGUAUUCAAAUUUUAGAACUCGACGAAGCGACUCAAUUGUUGGAAUUCCCUGUAGACUCUGAAACAGAUUGUUGCAAAGUGGGUACAGCAUCUUAUUUAUUUUCUAUUGAUAACGAUACUAUAAUAAUCAAAUUUAGCAAUAGGGAAGAAGCUAGGUACUUUACUAUAGCAAUAAAAAAGAUUAAAUCUGGAAAAGAUGCAUCAAUAUUUUCUGUGAGAACCGAAGACUCCUCUGCAGCACAGUACUUCCAGUUUUAUGGAUAUCUUUCUCAACAACAGAACAUGCUUCAAGAUUUUGUUAGGACAUACACUUAUCAAAGAGCAAUAUUAUGUAACUUAGACGAUUUCAAAGAUAAGGUAGUUUUAGAUGUAGGUGCUGGUUCAGGUAUUUUAUCUUUUUUUGCAGCACAGGCUGGGGCUAAACGUAUUUAUGCUGUAGAGGCUUCCACCAUGGCUCAUUAUGCACAAAAACUAGUAGAAGCUAAUAGUUUCAAUACAUGUAUAAAAGUUAUACCUGGCAAAAUAGAGGAAGUCGAGUUGCCUGAAAAGGUGGAUGUGAUUAUAUCUGAACCUAUGGGAUAUAUGCUUUAUAAUGAACGAAUGUUAGAAUCUUAUUUAAAUGCCAAAAAGUGGUUAGUUCCUGGGGGUAAAAUGUACCCUUCUAGAGGAGAUUUGCACAUUGUCCCUUUUACAGACGAUGCCCUCUAUAUGGAACAAUACAGUAAAGCAAAUUUUUGGUUUCAAACUUGUUUUCAUGGUGUUAAUUUGUCAGCUUUGCAAAACUGUGCCGUUAAAGAAUAUUUUAGGCAGCCCAUUGUGGAUACUUUUGAUAUUAGGAUCUGCAUGAGCAAAUCCAUACGACACGUAGUAGACUUCUUAGAAACAGACGAGACUGAUCUUCACACAAUCGAAAUACCACUAGAAUUUCACAUAUUAGAAUCAGGUACAUGCCACGGCCUCGCGUUUUGGUUUGAUGUCGCCUUCGGUGGUUCCCAACAGACUAUAUGGUUGAGUACUGCUCCGACAGAACCCCUAACACAUUGGUAUCAAGUCAGAUGUUUACUAGAACAGCCUCUUCUUUUGAAACAGGGACAAGUCUUGACGGGAAGAGUGUUACUUUUAGCCAAUAAACGACAGAGUUAUGACGUCACUAUUGAAUUAACAGUGGAAGGAACUAUGCACACAUCUCAGAAUACUUUGGAUCUGAAAAACCCUUACUUUAGGUAUACAGGAGCGCCAGUACAGCCGCCCCCAGGAGUAUCAAAUGUUUCACCAAGUGAAAGUUAUUGGAGCCAGUUGGACGCCCAAGGAGUUCGAAAUGCUGUAAAUAUGGUAAACGGUAUGUCAGUGAACGGCUUAGGAGAAGUCUCUAUGGAUACAACACAAACAUUAUUAAAUAAUAAUUUAAUGGCAGCUAAUAAUCUCAUUGCCUUAGUAGAUUCUCAGCACAUGGCUGGAGCAGACGGAACGCCGCCCAACAUCCACCCAGGUUGUAUUUCAUCGACGGGUAGAGGGCGAGUAGCCGCCAGCCCGACAUCGACGCACACAGCUCAACUCAUCGGUGGCGCCAUCUCACCGUCUCUCUUCACAUCACCGUCGCACCACCAACAGCAACCCCUAGUCAUGGCUAAUUACCCAGUCAGCGCCAACUUAAUGAUCGGCGACUACGUCAAGCCAACGAUCGGUACUGUUGCGCCUGCAGUAUAUCGUCAGUAG